GCAUUACUUCAUUAUUGAGGGUGGCUAUUCUGGAAGCGAGACCAUGGGUAGAGAUUAGAAAGAAAAGGUGGCGACUGUCACUUUGGUGCAGUUCCUAUCUGACAGAUUUGAUUUAAUUCUUUUGAAGAGGUAACAAUGUAUCGAUGAAGGCAUUUUAAUAGAUACGAUCUACAUGAACUUUAGUAAGGUGUUUGACAAGGUCCCAUAUGGGAGACUGGUUCAAAGGAUUAGGGCAUAUAUGAUCCAGGGCAUGUUGGCAAACUGAAUCCAAACUGGAUUGUCAAUAAGAGACAGAGUGAUGGUAGAAACUUGUUUUUGCGAGUAGGUGACUGUGGCUUCUUAUGUACCACAAGGAUCAGUGCAGAAACCCUUGCUGUUUGUAAUAUCCGUGAGUGACUUGAAGUUGGAUGUGGGGGGACGUGGGCAGUAAGUUCGCAGAUGACAUGGAGAUUAGCAGAGUUGUUGAUAAUGGGGAAGGUAGUCUUAUGUUGCAGAAAGUUAUCGAUGUGUUGGUGAAAUGAACAGAAAAAUGAAGAGUUUAAUACAAACAAAUUAGGUGGUGCAUUUUGUGAGUACAAAUGAUGCCAGGCCAUACACCAUGAUUGGUAGGGUUUGAGGGAGUAUUGUGGAACAGAUGUAGUUUGGACUUUCAUGUGCUGUACAUUUCUAUGACAAACUCUUGUAACCUUUUGUUGUUCAUUGAUCAAAAUCACAUUGAUCCAUUAAGGGCCUGUCCCACUUGGGUGACCUGAUCCACGAGUCCAGAAAAGUCUCUUCGACCUUCAAGCUCGAGGGCACUCUCCUGGAAAGCCUUGAGCUGGAUCGACCGGCCGCGUUGAAACUGCAUGCUGCAACGGCCGAACCGCGAGCUGCAUCUACUGACCACACACACACACACACACACACACACACACACACACACACACACACACACCGCGAAGGUGGGGGCCAGGGAAAGCAGAGGAGCGCUGUCUGCGCGAUGAAGAGGAAGGUAAACGGCUCCCACAGUGUAUAGUAAGUCCUUUUAGAGAGAAGGAGAGAGAAGGGGGGGAGAAGGAGUGGAGACACUUUUAAGAAGUUUAAUAAAGUUUAGCGGGCAUUUUACCUACUGGUAGAUCUUCCUAGGUCCUGAAACUCCAGUGAGCCAAUCAAAAUGCCCAGUCAGCAAAGGAAAUUGCCUAUGGUUGCCCUCGACUGCCUGUAACUAAAUAGCGACCCCACUCCACUGCACUACGAGUUAAAAAGAACCAUGCCAACCAAAUUUUACUCUCGGAAAAUUUUUCAAUAUGCUACAAAAUUUUCCGCGACCUAGCUGAGGCCGUGAGUAUUCGGGAACUUCCCUCGAGCAUGAAGGAGAGUUCCAGCGACCUCACAGGACCUUCUAGGUCCUCGUGUCGACCAUGCUGCGAGUUUGAGUCGAGGGCAAACUCUUCGAAAACUUGCAGAUUAGGUCGCCCAAGUGGGACAGGCCCGUUAACCUAUAGAAGCAUGAUAGUAAGAUGAGGAGAUGGACAACAAAACAACAGGGAAAUUAGAAGGUUCAAACACUGGAUUACGCAUUUCCUAUAACUUUCAGAGCCCUGGUCCAGCUGUACUUUGUUCAGUUCAUCAGCUGGAAUUUAAAACUAGCCUUUUGGAAGUGGUUGAGGAGCUUCAUAUUUGUCGUGCUGCAGAAAGUCGGCAUGAAGAACAAAUCAGUAAACUUGUGUUGGAGAAGCAAGAACUAGAAUGGCAAAAGGAAUCAUUACAGCAUCAAUACAAUGCACUAUCCAGUCAGCAUGAAGAAACCAUAAUUUCUCUGAAAAAACAGUUUCAGACACAGGUAAAUGCCGCAGAAGAGGAAAAGGGAAAAUUCCAGCUUAGCUCAGAGGCAAAAGAAAGAGAAAUCAAUGGACUUAAGGAAGAAUUAAAAGUACUGCAGGUUUCCAAGUAUAAUCUGGAGAAGAAACUGAGUGAGCUGGAGCAAAAAGUACGUUUGCAGAACAUAGCAAAGGAUAACCAGCUUAGUCAACUGAGUAAAGUUGAGAAACGGUUUGCAGCAAUAAGUCAUCAGUGUGGGUUAGUCAUACAAGCUCAUGGAAAGCUAGAGCAGAAUGUGGAUGAAGCAACAAGAUUGAACAAGAAGCUAAUGACUGUGAAUAAAAAUCAGGAGAAUGCUAUACAUGACUUAAAACAGGAACUGGAGAAAGUAACUGCGGACUUGAUAAGAUCCAAGGUCACUUCUCAGUACAAUCUGGGCGAAGACAACAUCCAUCUUACAACACAGCAACAACAGCUGCAAGAACUGAAGCAGAAACUGCAGAUGGAAAUUGAAUUAAACAAGAAACUGUCUAAAGAUACAUCAGCUGUUCAAGAAGAGAAACAGGAAGUUUUGAAGUUGUUUCAACAAACUCAGCAGCUGCUACAGCGGCAGGAACUGGCUCUAGGGAGAGCUGAAAAGGAGCUGAAACAUUUUGGGGAGAAGCAUCAGGUUCUGGAAAGGGAUAAUGAGCUGCUCCGGGAGAAGGCAAAUGAAAACGAUGAUAAAUUUCAGAUUCUUGAGAGAGAAAAUGAAAAGACUACAGCUCAGUGGAAAAAGGAGGAGAGUCAAUUAAAUGAAGAAAAUCAACAAAUUAAAUCUGAGUUGGAAUCACUCAGAAAGGCUCAUGCAACAUGCCAAGAGGUUGGUAAUAAUCUUGCUCCACAGGGUGUACAGGAAGAACAACAAUUGGAGACACAGCAGAAUAUCUUACAACAUCUUGAGCCACCUACAUUAGAGGGGACAUCAGAACUGCAGACUAGUGUGAGCGAGACAUUAAUGAUUACUAAUAGUGAAAUGCUAUUAGGAAUUCACUGUCAAAUACUGAAGGAAGGCGAUGAAAUGUCCAAUGGGCUAGACAUCAAAAACCAAGGGAACAGCAACCAGGAUGGAAUGGUUACCACAGAUAUUACAGUUAAAAACAGCAAUGAAUUUUCACCAGACAUUGCUAAGCAAGCUGCAGAAAUGCCAGGGCAAGCGACUGAUAAUGGGGCCAUUUUGGUGAAUGAAAAAGAGUGCAUCAGUCUAUCGACUGUGGACGGUAAUAUUGAAGAGCCCAAAGUCAUUCAUGAAGGUAAAACAGGAAGCAUUUUCAAUGAAAAGGAAUGUGCAAGUGCAGAACUCGAGUCGCAAUACAGUUCUAUCUGUUUGGCAGAGGUCCCAGUGGAAGGAGGAAAGAUGCUCUCAGACAGUGCUGAUGCAUUGGGUGUCUGCAGUGCAGAUGUGGGUCAGCAGACAGACUCCAUCGCACAUAAAUUCGAUGGAGGCAAAAAUGAUACAAAUGAUAAGACUGAAACCACACAGUGUGACAAAGGUGUCUUUAUAAAUGAACCACCCAGGACUGAAGCCAGAGCAGCUUUUAGCAGUGAUGAGAUUUUGACAAAGGAAACUAGUGCAAAUGAAAUAAGAUUAGAUAUAAACCAAGCUCAGCACCAUACUGUUUCUGAUUUUGACUCUCAAUUAGUAAUUAAAAAUGAGCAGAGCACCAUUUUACAGCAGCAGCAGCAGUGGCAGCAAGGAUGUCACAGCCAAGCACUCAUUAUCAUGGAAGAAAACUGUGUUAACAAUGAUACAAUCAGACUUUCCCCAUUGCUUAAUCCUUACAGUAAGUCGGAGGUCAGUUUCACAAAGUUACCCACUGACCAGCCCGAUCAAAGCAUUCUAUCUGAAAACUGUAAAGAUAACACUAAUGUUGAACCUGACAGUAAAAUAGAUAUUUCAAGUGAAAUUUCUAGCGACCAAGGGACAGAUGUUACCCAGGAAGUUGGUAGUAAUCCAGAGAAUAAUUUUACUAAUGCCAACAGUCAGCAGAAAGAAACAAAUGAUACGGAAGUUCUUAUUUCUGACAGCAAAACAGCUGGAUGUGUGGAUAUAAUUGAGCCUGUUGCUGGAGUCUUGAGAAAUCUUGAAUAUCUACAAGGCAAUGUGGCUCAAAAGAAAGACUGUAUGAACGGUAACCACUCAUUAAACUCCACAUGCAAUAUUGACCAUGGUGUGGUUGUAACCCCAAACUCCCAGGUUAUGGACAAAGUUCACAACAGUGCAACUGUUUCUGCAGUCGUGGAAAGUGGGCAAGGAGCAAUUAGUAAAAUAGGUUUAUGCACUGAAAUACGAGAAGUCUCCUCCAAGACAACAGAAAAUGAAUUGAAAUCCAUCUUUUUAAAUACUGCAUUCAAUCCAAUUACAACCAGGAGUGAAGAUCACAGAGAUGAAACUACAACUUCUGAGGUAGAUGCUGCAAGCAGCAAAACAACAGCAACUCACUAUUACUGGAAAUCUCAUAGUCUGCCUUCUCUGGCCUCCAGAAAGGAUGUGUCGAACAAAGCCACGAUGUCACUCCCAUUCUCAUUGCACAGAGACAAAUUGGAGGCUCCUGCCACAAUCAGAAAGGCCCCUUUAAUAUUCACUUUCGCAAAAUCCAUCAGUGAAAUGAAUCUGACAAGGCCAAGUGUAGCAGAUUCUCCCAGUACUAAAAGGGUGAAUGACACUUUUAAUACCUCCAGUGUUCCUCUUUACCCCAAGAGAAUUUCCAAAGAAGAUUGGAAUGCAAUAGCACAGACGUUUUGUGAUUUUUCACGGCCUCCAGAGCAGGAGAAACACAGCUCACCUUCAAGUGAAAGUUUCAAGAUGCCUUGCCUGCCUGCCUUCAUGAGUCAUAAGCAGCCUACAGAAUAUUGCUCCCAAGUGCCAAAAAUAGCCAUGUCCACUACCCAAAAUCUAAUGUUUGAGGAUGAAUGUGAUACUCAAUAUUCCACCGUGAAAGGACAAAUCGAUAAAAUCGAGAAGUUUCUGUGUGUGGACCGACUCAAGCAAACACGAAAAAGGAAAGCUGCUGACAACGCAAAUGAGGGGGUUAUCAAGAUCACACCAAAUUAGCCUC